CCGCUGCUGCCCUUCGCCCUCCCAGUUCCUCCUGCCCCUGGUUCCUCUUUCCCACCAAGUCCAGGAGCAGGUCAGCCCACAUAAAGCCAGGCCUUCUCUGGCGGGGCUGCAGGGCUGCUGGGCACAACAUGUCCACCCCAGUGCAGGCCCCUGGCUUUCUGCUGCCGCCGCCGCUGCUGCUGCUGCUGCUGCUGCUUCUAACCCUGCCGGCCACAGGUUCAGACCCCGUCCUCUGCUUCACCCAGUAUGAGGAAUCUUCGGGCAAGUGCAAGGGCCUCCUUGGGGGAGGUGUUAGCGUGGAAGACUGCUGUCUCAAUGCUGACUAUGCCUUCCAGGAGUCCAGCCACAGUUUCUGUAUGGCAUGCAGUUUCCCGCAUUGGUCACCGUGGUCCACGUGGACCCCCUGCUCUAUGACCUGCACCGAGGGCUCCCAGCUGCGACACCGGCGCUGCGUAGGCCAGGGUGGGCAGUGUCCUGACAAGAUGGAGCCCGGGACCCUCCAGUGGCAGCUACAGGCCUGUGAAGACCAGCCAUGCUGUCCUGAGAUGGGUGGUUGGUCCAACUGGGGGUCCUGGACAUCUUGCUCAGUCACCUGCUCCAGAGGGACCCGGACUCGUCAUCGAGCAUGUGAUCAGCCUGUCCCCAAGUGUGGGGGCGGCUGCCUAGGAGAGGCAAAGGAGUCAGAGGCCUGUGACACCAAACAGGUCUGCCCCACACACGGGGCCUGGGCAGCUUGGGGCCCCUGGGGCCCCUGCUCAGGCACCUGCCGCGGUGGACCCAGAGCACACACGGAGAAACGGAGCCGCACAUGUUCUGCACCUGAGCCUUCCAAGCAGCCUCCCGGGAAUCCCUGCUCAGGGUCAGCCUACGAGCAGCGGGCCUGCACUGGCCUGCCACCCUGCCCAGUGGCUGGUGGCUGGGGACCAUGGAGCCCUGUGAGCCCCUGUCCUGUGACCUGUGGCCUGGGCCAGACCCGAGAACAACGGACAUGUGAUCACCCUGUGCCCCAGCAUGGGGGCCUCUUCUGUGUUGGUGAUGCCACCAGGACCCACAUCUGCAACACGGCCGUGCCCUGCCCUGUGAACGGAGAGUGGGGGCCCUGGGGGGAGUGGAGCACCUGCACCCGCCCAAGCAUCAAACACAUCAGCUGCCAGGAGAUCCCAGGCCAGCAGAUCCGCUCCAGGAGCUGCAAAGGCCGCAAAUUUGAUGGACAGCGGUGUGUUGGGCAACAGCAGGAUAUCCGGCACUGCUACAAUAUCCAGCGCUGCCUCUGGAAAGGCUCGUGGUCAGAGUGGAGUACCUGGGGGCUGUGUAUGCCCCCAUGUGGACCCAACCCCGUCCGUACCCGCCAGCGCCUCUGCAAGGCUACGCUCCCGAAGUUCUCGCCCACUGUUACCAUAGUCGAAGGUCAGGGUGAGAAGAACGUGACCUUCUGGGGGAAACCAUCGGCACUGUGCGAUGUGCUGCAGGGGCAGAAGGUGAUGGUGGAAGAGAAACGUCCAUGUCUGCACGUGCCUGCCUGCAGAGAACCCUGAAGAUGAGAAGCUUUAACAUCUCUCUUUUCCACUCUGACCCCCUGACCCCUGAGACGUCAAUAAACCAGCCUCUUCCUCAGGA